GGCGCAUCGAUUUGACAAAACUGGUCUGCUCGAACGCGCCCUGUCUGUGUGGGCUGUCAGAUUAGCUAGAGUUUAAUCCUUUAGGUUAUGGUCAGAACGCUAGUUAUACCUGGAACAGGGCUCAAUAACCACGAGGAAACUCAGGUUUGAAAGCGAUAGAUUUUAUGAAUGAGUAGCUAAUCUAAGUAAUCCAAGCCAUUUGAUGAGAUGUCUGAAUAACGUUAGCAUUCAAAUGGCUUGAUAGCUGGUCAUUUGUCAAUUUGAUAGACAUCUAACGUUAACGUUAGUUAGCCAGCUAACAGUUAGCUAGUUUGCUCUUAAACUCUUAAAGUGGAAAAUCGUAUUUUCCACAAAAUAUUAAAGACUUUUGAUACGCGGAACAAGCAGUCCCGGUGUUGAUGGUCCACUUCAGUUUGUGAUAUUUUGACACGGACUAGCUAGCUCGUUAGCAAUCGAGCAUAGCUAGCUAACUACUGUAGCUAAUCAAAUCAGUCUCUUCAGUCUCAACAUAACGUCAAAACAGUGUAAGCAGCUAGCUAGUGUUAGAAGCUAGCUAGCUUGUUCAUCGAGCUUGGUCCUGAGUUUUGAGGCAAGGCGAAACAAUCAUGUCUGGAAAAGACAAAGACAAGGAGAAAGCCGGAGAAAAACAAUCUACAACUGAGCGGCUCGUAAAAGCUGUGCCAUACCCUCCACAGCAGCGUCUGUCUAUGAAGGAGCUGUUUGAGGAUGGCAAGCCCAACCCAGAGACCCUCCGAACCCACCUGGUGAAGGAAGGCCGGCUGGAGGAGGAAGUGGCCCUCCGGAUCAUCAACGACGGAGCCAACAUUCUGCGACAGGAAAAAUGCAUGCUGGAGGUAGAGGCACCCAUCACAGUGUGUGGAGAUGUCCACGGCCAGUUCUUUGACCUAAUGAAGCUGUUUGAAGUUGGUGGCUUGCCCAGCAGCACACGCUAUCUCUUCCUCGGAGACUACGUAGACCGAGGCUACUUCAGUAUCGAAUGUGUGCUGUACCUCUGGUCACUCAAGAUCAAUCACCCGACCACACUCUUCCUCCUGCGAGGGAACCACGAGUGCCGGCACCUCACAGAGUACUUCACCUUCAAACAGGAAUGUAAGAUUAAGUACUCUGAGCGCGUGUAUGAUGCCUGCAUGGAGGCCUUUGACUGCCUGCCCCUAGCUGCUCUUCUCAACCAACAGUUCCUGUGUGUACACGGCGGGCUCUCCCCAGAAAUCAACUGCCUAGACGACAUUAGGAAAUUAGACAGGUUUAAGGAGCCUCCAGCUUUCGGCCCUAUGUGUGACCUGAUCUGGGCUGACCCAGGAGAGGACUACGGCAGUGAAAAGACAGCAGAACACUUCAACCACAACUCAGUGCGAGGCUGCUCUUACUUUUUCAGUUACCCGGCUGUAUGUGACUUUUUGAUAAAUAAUAACUUGUUGUCGGUAAUAAGAGCACACGAAGCACAGGAUGCAGGGUAUCGGAUGUACAGAAAAAGUCAGACUACAGGCUUUCCUUCAUUAAUUACAAUCUUCUCAGCACCAAAUUACCUAGAUGUGUACAACAACAAAGCUGCUGUAUUAAAGUAUGAGAACAAUGUGAUGAACAUUCGGCAGUUCAACUGCUCCCCCCACCCCUACUGGCUGCCCAACUUUAUGGACGUCUUCACGUGGUCUCUGCCCUUUGUUGGAGAGAAAGUGACAGAGAUGCUGGUGAACGUGCUGAACAUCUGCUCUGAUGAUGAACUCAUGUCGGAAGGAGACGACCUGUGUGAAGAAGACGGUGGAAUCCCAGCGGUACGCAAAGAGGUGAUCCGGAAUAAGAUCCGAGCCAUUGGGAAGAUGGCCAGAGUCUUCUCUGUUCUCAGGGAGGAGAGUGAGAGUGUGCUGACACUCAAAGGACUCACCCCGACUGGGUCGCUGCCUCUAGGAGUGUUAUCAGGCGGCAAACAGACCUUGCAGACUGCUGCUGCUGAGGCCGCGGAGGCCAAAGCCAUUCAAGGCUUCUCUCCCAAAAGGAAGAUCAAGGACUUUGCAGAGGCACAGAGCCUGGACAAAGUCAACGAGAGAAUGCCCCCUCGCAAGGAUGGCCAGCAGCCAGUCAACCCAAAUGCCCCCAAGAAUGGCACAGACUAAACCUGGAGAGAGACCCCCUCUCACCCCCACCAGCCCCAGGCCAUGGCAAUGUCUCAUACACCCAAACUAUCUUUGUCUCUUUAACUCUGUCUUCUAUCUCGCUCGCUCCCUCCCUCCUUCUCACGUUCUCAUCUUUCUUUCUCUCUCGGUCUCAUUGAGAAUUUGCCCCCAGCUGGCCUAUACAGUUGAACAGGCACAGAACGUGGGUAGAGAAGACGGCACAGAACGUGGGUAGAGAAGACGGCACAGAACGUGGGUAGAGAAGACGGCACAGAACGUGGGUAGAGAAGACGGCACAGAACGUGGGUAGAGAAGACGGCACAGAACGUGGGUAGAGAAGACGGCACAGAACGUGGGUAGAGAAGACGGCACAGAACGUGGGUAGAGAAGACGGCACAGCACUGGGAGAAUGGUUUCAGCCACCACGCAGUAAAACCAUAUGAAUAAAUCAAACACUUAUUUUAUUUAUUCAAUUAGUUAUAUUAGAUAUAUGUCAUAGCUACAGUUUCAUAAAAUCAUACAUUUCUAAGAUGUUUAAAUGUAUAAGCAUACUGACAUUCUUAUAACAAUGGUAAAUGUCAGAGCGAAAACCAUGAAGACUAUUUUGUAAAUUUGAGUUGAAUGAGGUAGCUAUUGAAGGAGACCUUAUUAUCCGUUCUUAGUCAAUUCAAGUUUUUCUAUUUUAUGUGUUUCACAAGGGAAAAGUUGAGUGUGUCUGCUCUUAUACGUUUAUUUAAAUGAUAUUAUGAUGUGUAUUAACUGGAGAGAAAAUAAUUAUGGGAACUAGAUUUGAGACGCCAUUGCAGAAGAUUAUUUUAUACCUCCAGCAGAAGUUCAGUAAAAACACCAACUGUUUUUUUGUCCAAUUUCUUUGAAACCACUGAAUGCUGUUUAAUGUGGGUCAAUGUGUUCCUCCUGUAUUUUAAAGUUAGGGUAAACAGGGUUUAAUCUUACAACCUUUAGUCAACCUUGAGAAACUGCCCUGGGGCAGCAGGUAGCCUAGAGAUUUAAGAUCAUUGGCCCAGUCACUGGAAGGUCGCUGGUUCAAAUCCCCAAGCCGACUAGGUGAAAAAUCUGUCUGUGCCAUUGAGCAAGGCACUUAACCCUAAUUGCUCAGGAUAAAAGCAUCUGCUAAAUGACAAAUGUGAAUGUACAUUUUCCAAAUGAUAUGGAAAAAAUUGUAUAUGGAUGAAUUGAUUCUAGUUUGCUACGAUUAUUGAUGUGACGUGUCAAUGGAUGGUGGUUAGUUUCUCUGGUUUUAUGUGUUCUGUAUAGUGUUUUGACAGUUGGUGUUGCUUGCAGGCUGUCACCAACCAACAUUUUUACCAGUGUGCUUAACUGUAAGCAGCUGGGGGAUUAUAUACAUUUAGAUCAUCUUCUGCAAAACCAAAGUCUGAUUGAAAGGGGUUAUAGGCAUACAGUAUGUAUUGGUACAUCUCCAAGUGGACUUGGUGGUGGUGGCACUGCUAUUUGGUUAGCUUUCCUGGGACAUUGAGCUGAGAGUGGCCAACUGUUCUGCAGAGUGAUUUUCUGGAUGGGGAAAGAAGUCUUCAUGGUAACGAAACAUACAUACCAACCUAAUAUCAAGGAAGAACAACCAGUGUCCUUUUCUGAAGAUGGAGGGGUAAUAUUUCCCAUGGAGCAGAUGGUGAAAAACGCUCAUAUUGUCCCAAAAUGAACUGAAACUCCAUGUUCAUUUUAUGUUUUAGAUAAGAUUUCUGUGUUAUAAUACUACUAAUAAUAAUGACACUUCGUUUGAUUUCAUAUUGCUCUCUACACUACAGAAAGGAUGUUUUUGGGGUUUCUUGACUCCAUCUACUGUUGAUUUGAUGCAUAUGUGUUAGAUGAACUGAAGGGAAAGCUUGUCUCCAACAAAUGCUUUAGUUGCUAGCAGUUUGAGCAAUGCUGUAGCCCGAAGAGUAGUAGAUUGAGUCAUUCUCAGUGAUGCUGUGAGGAUUGUUUUGGGUAUUUCCUUCUCUUUAUCAUGAAUCCCACGGACUGACACAAUUCUCAGUAUCGGUGGUAGUGCAAAGUUGGGGACCAACUACAGACUCUACAUUGAUCAUGCAGUAAAAAUAUAAGUAAUUCCUGAUGUUUCUUCUAUGUUCAUUUGAUUGAGUGUCUUGAGUUAUGGUCUUGACACCUUUUUGUCUUUAUCACCUGCAUGGCAGGAAUGAGGACUGGACACUUUUGUAACACCUGCUCUGAACCCUUUUAAUGAUUGACUUCUUUAGGACUUGUGACUCGAUGAACCGGUGCUUAGAGUUUUAGCCCUAGAUUUUUUGGGGGGCUAGAACUGCUUCUCUGACACUCCUCCCGUCACGUAGUUAUUCUAUUGUCUUCAAUCAUUCAAGAAAAGCAUUGAGAUUUUGUUAUCCUUAUGUGAAUUUUCCCUUUUAUAAAAAAAUAUAUUAUACAGCUUUUAACAAGUUGCUUUUAAUGUGCCAUGCCACUUCCUAAACAAACACCAACACCUGUGUGUGACUGGUGGGGGAGAAUGGCCAUCAGAAUGUCCUGUUCUUGUGUUCAGUGGUCAUGGAGAGAUCCUGGAGCCUGUUUCCACUCAACGUGGGUCAGGUUCAUUGAGUUGUCACUGCUUAGAUGCUUAUUUACAGCCCCUUUUUGUUAGUAAAAUAAAAAAUCAUCUCUACUGUAUUGUGGGUUCAGAAAAUGGUCAAAAGAUGCUCUUUAAAAAUGUUUUUUCCCACAUUCACGACCGCUUAAAAUGUUGGUUUGGUGUGAAGUUAGCUAGGACUUAGAGGCCCCAGAGUAGGCCUGUAUUCCUGACCUCUUGUCAGUUUCUAAAUAUUUCUCAGAAUGUACAGAAAUAUUUGUCAUUCAAAAGUCUUUAGCUGUAAAAAGGAUGAAAAUAAUCCUUUCGUCAAGUACAGUACUUGUCAUGCGAGGCCAUGAAAUCUUAAUCUAUGUAGAUGAAUCGCUUGAAAAAUAAAAUGUAAAUACUAAGCGUU